GUUCCAGAGAAAAGUCCCCCUAGCGGGUCUGUUUCCGGUUUGAGCUGAAUUAAAUAAAAUGGAGUGAAGCUGUUUCUUUUCGGCAUACAGCUGCAUACAGCUGCGGGAGGAUAGCCCUCCUCGUCCUCUGACUCGCAAUAAGUUUAAAGUAAUUCUGUUGUCAGGCUACUAAAAUGUCCGCUCAAAAGAAGUGUCCAGAUUGCGGCUCUCUGGAAAUUGUGGAGGAUUCUCACUACACUCAGAACCAGUUGGUGUGUGCAGAUUGUGGCUUUAUUCUAACUGAAGGACUUCUCACCACUACGUACGCUGAUGAAGAACAUUUACAAGAAGUGACAUAUUCACGAAGUACUGGUCAAAGUGAACAGCUGAGCCGCUGCUUACAGCGAGGAAUCAGACGUGUUCAGGAUCUCUGCAAAGUUCUCCGACUUCCUUCUCUGUUUGAAGAUACAGCUGUGUCUUAUUACCAGAGGGCAAUCAAAUGUCCCUGCUUUGCUUUGGUCAGCUUAGAGAAGAAGGAGAUAAUUAUAGGUUGCUGUGUUUUUGUGACCUGUAGACAGCACAACUGGCCCUUGACAAUGGGCACUGUCUGCUUGCUCCUUUAUGCAGACAAGGAACUGUUUGCCAGAACUUACCUGCGGUUCUUGAAGGAAUUGACACUAGAUGUACCAACUCUGAGCUUGAUUGAUCUUGUGAAAACACACCUCAACAGCUUUAAGCUUUUCCAGGAAUCGUCCAGCAUCCCACCCAAAUUUCUGGAAGAUAAGGAGAAGCUGUUGGCAAGGACAAUCCAGAUAGUGGAGCUUGCCAGCGAGACAUGGCUGGUGACUGGUCGACACCCCAUCCCCAUUGUGAUGGCAGCAGCCUUCUUGGCAUGGCAGUCUUUGCGACCUGUUGAUCGCCUCGCUUGCACCCUUACAAAGUUCUGUAAGCUUGCUGGCAUGGACAUGCCCGGACCAGCCCCACAAAGACUGAAGGAAUUGCAUAAUAUCUUCCUUCAGAUGACCACUCAACUAGGUUGGUUGCGAGGGCUCAAAGUGGACCGGAGGACUGUGUCGAAAUACGUUGGAGACUUGCUGCAACAUCGCCGUGUGCUUUUGCGGGCGGCUUUCCGUAAGGUGGAUACCACAGAAGACCAUGAGCCUGAGAACUUCGCAGCACCACCAGACCAUCAGCCUAUAAAACCAACCGUUGCUUUGACAGAAGAGGCUUCUGUUGCUGGGAAGAAGCGGAUGCCUUUGCUUCCACCUUGUAUCCUGUACCCAGCAAAGAAGCCUCGAACCAGCAAUCCAGACCCUGAAGGCCCAGCCAUCACAGGGAACGAGCCCAUUUUAGACAGUGAGAUUGAACAAUACAUCCGGACUCCAGAAGAAACGGAACUGUUUAGCAAAAUGCAAGUUCGCCUAUAUUAGUGAAGGUAUUUAGUGAGUAUUAAAAGCCUGCAGUCAGUGGUGACAGGGAUUGGGUUUCUUACAUUUAUAGUCCACAGUCCCAGACGUAUGUCUGUCCUGAGAUUAGAUGAAGUCCUUGUGUUCAGGAACGAACAACCUUGUAUCUUAAUAGUCUUCUGCAGCCUGUUGCUUUGUAUGCAUUAGUUGGGGUUUUCUGGAUUCACAGUCCAACAAAUAUAGAAGGUUAUAAUAAAGAUUGGGGAAAGCAGCGAUAGAAUAUGAGCUUUAUUUUUCUUUGCUAGAUGUUGGUAUAAACAUAAUUAAUAAUUUUCUUAAAAGGCUGCUCUUUGGCCUAGAUGUCUGUUGGUGAGCACACUAAUGUGCUUCUGCUACAUUUUUAGUCCUGAACAUCAGAAAAAAAAAUGGAUUUAAUCUUACUAAAUUAAAGUUUAAUGAUCUGCAUCAGAUACACUCCUGGUUUAUUUUGCUUGUUAUGUUUUGAAUUGGAUUGUCCUUCUUUCCAGUUCAAACAAUGCAUGUUAUUUCAGAACUUUCUCAUGUGAGUCUGGUAACACUGAAGGUAACAUUCAUUUAGCAUUCAAUGGGUUAAGUGAACUUAGGCUCUCUAGUCAUUGACUGAGGUUGAAAAUGUCAUAAGUAGUGUAGAACAGGGCAUAUUGUGAUCCACAUACCUGUUUAUCUGUAAGUGGGGGGGGGGCGGCAAGAGGAAUAAGUAUGAUUGUGCAUGUCAUGAUGUCAUCAUGCAAAUAAGCUAAUUAUUCCCAUAUAAAUGGGAAAUCAGCAUAUCCGUUUAAAUCUUAUGAAUGAAACUCCACUCUUCAGCUUCUGUUUUUUCCCCUUGUUAUUUGGCUAGUAUCUAUAACCUUUUGUGUUUGACAUCAGAUAUAUUUUACGCGGGAGAAAACCCGAAUAACCAAAGACAUAUAUAUGGGAGCAAAAGCACGAAGCUGAAGCCUGAAGAUGACGAAUGAGACUUCGUUGAAACGUCGCCAAGACACUUCCGAUUUUACGCGGGAGAAAACCCGAAUAACCAAAGACCUACAUACAAACACCCGCGAAAACCUCAGAAAACAUAUAUGUAUAUAUGUAUAUAUGUAUAUGUAUAUAUGUAUAUGUAUAUAUGUAUAUGUAUAUAUAUAUAUAUAUAUACAUACAUACAUACAUAUAAAAGCUUCAAUAGAAAGAUUUGACAUGAAUUGGCCCAGUUGGGAUGAUAACCACCUUUUGAAUGGGUGCACAAGUUUUUCCAGCCCUCAUGAAUAGAUGGGAGAAAACCAUUCAUUAAGAGUGUGCAGGAGAUUUGCCUCCUAUCCCCAGAGUCUGAGAUGACCAGUGUAGUU